AAGUGAUCAGGUGAGCCUGUAAAUCACGCCCUCGGCCGUGCAGAGGAUGGUUGCCAACUCUAGCCUCGUUGGUGGAGCUCGCUAGCACCAGAGGUUUUAUGACAAUCAUGAAGGCGACCUGCAUCACACACAGCUUACUGCGUGUCUGCGUCUUGUCCUGUUUUAUCUUCCUGUUGUGCUCCACCUGCACCGGAGUGGUGGCCGGGCGGGAAAUGGCCUCGCACCACCGCACACUGAAGCGCGUCCGUCGGAGUCACCAGAGCGCAAAGCACAAAGGCGCGCACCACCGGCCGCUAACGGACGAGCAGAAAGCGGACCAGAACCUGCAGUUCAUGCUGAGUUUGUACCGGAGCGCGGCGGAACCGGACGGCAGGCCCAAACAGCACCGGAAGUUCGGAUCCAACACUGUGCGUCUGCUGAGACCGUCGGCGUCAUCGGUUCACUACCUGCCAGCGUCAGGAGACCACCACUACAGCUUCACAGUCCAGUACAACCUUGACACUCUUCCCUCGGAGCAGCUGAUCAGAGCGUCAUUCAUCCACCUCCGCUCUUCUUCAUCAUCAUCCUCCUCAUCCUCUACAACCUCGAGCACCACCCAGGCCCUACAGCCCCCCCGUUGCAGAGCUCAGAUCACCUCACUGGGCAAAGAAAGCCUGGUCAUCCUGGAACCCCAUGAGCAGUGGACGGAAACAGACAUCACCGCACAUGUCCAGCGGGGGAAGAACCAGGGGCCGUGGGGACACUUGACUCUGACUGCCCAGUACUGGUGCACAGAUCCUGGGCAUGCAGAAGAGGACAGCAGCCUCUCGUGGUGGUGGUUGUCUCAUCUUGGAGGGAGAGACAGAUGGAGAGGUGAACCUCAUUUUCAAGUCCCGUCUCUUCUUUUAUACCUGGAGGAGGAGAGGGAGGUGAAGGACUGGAUGGGGGACUUGCUGGGGACUGAAGGGGACAACAUCAUGAGGCGAAUACAGCAAUGGCAUCCUUCUGUUCGCCGGCGCAGGCGCUCCAAAGACGUUUCAUCCUCAGAGGCCAAAGAUACAUCGCUGGAUGUUCUGAAAAAUGCCCCAACUUCCUCUUCCUCUUUCUCCACUUCCCCUUCUUCCUCCAUCAUCUCAGAUAUCCCCAACUACAAACGCAAAACCAGCACGCCCAAGAACCGCUGCAAGCUCCACUCGUUCCGCCUCUCCUUCGACGAGCUCGGCUGGGGUCACUACUUCAUCGCCCCGCCGGUGUACAACCCGCGCUUCUGCCAAGGCAACUGCCCGAGGGUGCUCCCCUACGGCUUCCAUUCCCCCAACCACGCCAUCAUUCAGACGGUCAUCAACGACCUGGGCGUAGGGGACGUCCCGCCUCCAUCCUGUGUGCCUUAUAAGUACAUGCCCAUGAGCGUGCUGGUCGUGCACAAGAAGAAAGUGGAGUACAAGGAGCUGGAGGACAUGGUGGCCGAGUCGUGCACGUGCCGCUGAAGACUCGAGACUUGAAGAAAAAGAGACUAAAGGGGGCAGAUUUGAUGGGUCAUUUGUUUGAUCUACAGCUUGGCGGCUAACCAUAAUGAGCUCGAGACUGGAAGGAGGAAGUCGUUGUGGUUUCAGAUCUUCACCAUCACUGUUUAAGCACUUUAAAAGGCAGCUGCUGAAGGAAACUGUGAAGAACUAUGGAUUGUACAGAUGAGUGGAUGUGUCUAUUUACUGUUUUUCUUUUUUUUUUUGAAUGAUUGUUCCAUGAGCUGCUUAAAGCACUGUGCAGAUUGGUGAAUGUCCUGAGCGUUAUAUUCACAGUCACCAGUGUAUCUUUUCAAAUGCAAUCAAAGGGAGCCUGAAAAUUUUGACGCAUUAAAAGCCACUUGACCAUAACUUUUAAGUGGUAAUUUAACACUAAACCUUCCAGAGUAACUGAUUUAACUUCUACUUUAAACUUCCUUUUGAGAAAACAGAUCACUGGUUUGUCUGUAAUAUUAAACUGGAUGAAUUAUCUCAUUUGAGCACAAACACAUGUAGAAUUCAUCUUCAUUAUACAACCUCAAACCACAGCCAUCUAAAGAAUAUUUUCUUUCUAGUGCCUGACUGUUUUUUUUCACUAUCAUUCUUUUUAAAACCUGGUCUGUUUCACAUAAGUGCUGCAAUGCUCACAAAGAGACAGCAAAAAAAGCUUGUAAUUUUUGUGGGGG